GAGGGGGAGUGACUAUCGUGUGUGGCUGCCUCACUGAGCCCCUCUGGCAGAGAGGAAGAGAGGAUGAGCAACCGCUGAGCAAGAGAGAGAGAAAGAGAGAGAGAGAAGGGUUAUGUGUGUGAGCUCCUGUGAGUGUGUGAGCAGGGCAUGAGAAAAUCUCUGCCAAACCCACGAACCAUUUGUAAGAAUAGCUGGAAAAACGGGGCCACAGCGAGAUGCCAAGAAUAGGGCACAAGUCAUCCCUCUCCCUGCUAUGGCUUUUCACAAACAUCUCAGCUGAUCUCAGAGGUUCCACUGGUGAGGACUGCAAAGGAUUCAUCCUGCAAGUUUAAAAAGAAGAAGACUGGGAGACUGUUUGGAGGGGCGACAUUAACCUUUCUCUUAACAAGCAGCAUGGUUGAAGAAAAUGUUGGAAGUGGAGAAGCAGAGAUGUGUUCCGUGUCUCAUGUGAGCGCCUGAGACCUGGACUCUCAGGUGAAACCUCAACUCUUUACACACUAAGCUGAAGAUCAGCUUCCAGAGGAGCUGCAGCCAUGCUGUGUGGUCUGAGGAGGGACACCAAGAACAGCAUUGAUGAAGGACCAUACUCCAAGGGGAGCAAAGAGACAACUGACCAAUCGCAUUCCUCCCGGGGGCGAAGCCUUUCAGCAGAGGAGUAUCGAGGAGUGACCACAGUGGAGCUGAUGAAAAGGGAAGGCAGCAGCCUUGGCCUCACCAUCUCCGGAGGCUCUGAUAAAGAUGGCAAGCCUAGAGUGUCAAACCUACGGCCAGGUGGGCUGGCUGCCAGGAGCGACCAGCUGAAUGUGGGCGACUACAUCAAGUCAGUGAAUGGCAUCAACUUGUCAAAGCUCCGGCACGAUGAAAUCAUUAGCCUACUGAAGAACAUCGGGGAGCGAGUCGUCCUGGAAGUGGAGUAUGAGCUGCCUGCAUAUGUCCAGAGUCCGUCGGGAGUCAUAACUAAAACCAUAGAGGUGUUUUUACACAAGGAGGGAAACAGUUUUGGCUUUGUCAUGAGAGGAGGUUUCCAUGAAGACUGGCGAAGGUCUCGUCCUUUGGUGGUUACCGGUGUCCGGCCCGGGGGUCCAGCAGACAGAGAGGGCACGCUAAAGGCCGGAGACCGGGUUUUAAGCAUAGACGGGAUGCCUUUGAACAGAGAGAGGCAUGCUGAUGCGUUGACCAUGCUGAUGCAGAGCGGCCAGGAAGCUCUGUUCCUGAUCGAGUAUGACGUUUCUGUCAUGGAGGCAGUGCAGCAGGCCUCGGGCCCUCUGCUGGUGGAAAUAGUGAAAGGUCCUUCUGCCAGCCUGGGGAUCAGCCUCACAACCACAACGUACAGAAGCAAGCAAGUCAUUGUUAUCGACAAGAUAAAGCCAGCAAGUGUGGCGGAAAGAUGUGGAGCGCUUCAUGUGGGAGACAUCCUGCUGUCCAUAGACGGGACAAACACUGAGCACUGCUCCCUGAUGGAGGCAACACAGCUGCUGGCCAGCACCUCGGAGAAUCUCAAACUUGAGAUUCUUCCAGCCAGUCAGAGUAGACUUCCCAUCAGGCCACAAGACACAGUUAAAGUACAGAAAAGCAACCAUCAUCACUGGGACCAAAGCAGCAACUACUGCCAUCCCCCACACGCCAGCCACAGCAAGACAUGGAGCAGCCCGAGCCACCCACACAACCAGCAGGACCACUGCAAAUCAGCUGUGAGCGCCGGCUUCUCCCCUUCAUCCACAGCCACCUCCGGCUUCAGCAGCCAAGGUAGCAACACUCUGCCCUGCCCCGUUGCCCCUGUUGCUCCCACCAGCCCCCGCAGCGCCACUGGGAGGAGAAGGAACAGGAAGAAGGACCACAAGAGUUCAUUGUCCCUGUCCUCCAGCUCUGUUGGUCCUGGGGGGCAGAUUUUCCACGUGGAAACGAGUGAAGUCCUCCUGAGGGGGGACCCACUAACUGGGUUUGGGAUCCAGCUGCAGGGCGGCGUGUUUGCCACAGAAACGCUGUCUGCACCCCCGGUCAUCCGCUUUAUAGAGCCCGACAGCCCCGCAGAGAGGUGUGGACUGUUGCAAGUUGGAGACAGAGUGUUGUCCAUCAAUGGGAUCCCGACUGAAGAUGGCACUCUGGAAGAAGCUCAUCAGCUGCUCAGAGACUCUGCUCUGGCAAACAAAGUUACAGUGGAGGUUGAAUUUGAUGUUGCAGAGUCUGUUGUUCCAAGCAGUGGCACUUUCCACGUCAAACUACCAAAGCGGAGAGGAGUGGAGCUGGGCAUCACCAUCAGCGCAAGUAAGAAACCUGGCAAGCCCCUCAUCAUCUCUGACAUCAGGAAAGGAAGCAUAGCACACAGAACAGGCACUCUGGAGCCUGGGGACCGGUUGCUGGCCAUCGACUCUGUUCGCCUGGAGAACUGCACCAUGGAGGACGCCAUGCACAUCCUGCAGCAGGCCGAAGACAUGGUCAAACUGCGGAUCCAGAAGGACGAGGACAACAUUGAUGAGCUGGAGAUGUCAGGCUCCAUAAUCUACACGGUUGAGCUGAAGAGGUUUAACGGACCCCUGGGCAUCACGAUAUCUGGCACAGAGGAACCUUUUGACCCUAUCGUCAUUUCUGGCCUUACCAAGAAAGGUCUGGCAGAAAGAACCGGGGCCAUCCACAUAGGAGACAGAGUUCUGGCUAUCAACGGGGUCAGCCUUAAAGGGAAGCCUCUGAGCGAGGCCAUCCAUCUGCUGCAGAUGGCCGGGGAGUCCGUCACCCUCAAAAUCAAAAAACAAGCUGACCAGUCUGACUGUCGGCGGUCGGCGGACAGAGAAGGCGGCUUUCUGAGCGAUCCAGAGGAUGAACUAACAGACUCCCAAAAAACCAGCAAACUCUCAGAGGUCUACUCAGCCAAUGUUCCCAGCAUAGACUCGGCCAUGAGCUCCUGGGACAGUGCGGCGUUUGAUGCAGGCUACAUUGGCCAAGGACUAUAUCUGCACAAAACAUCUGAUUUACUCCUAAAUCCACUUGACUGGAGGCGCCCGAAGCACAGAAGUCACACCCCCUCCAGCUCUGGAGGUUUGGGACUGCAAGCAGGGCUGUACGAUGGAGGAUUCACUGAGGAUGAGUGGGACAAGAUACCUGGAUUCGUCAGCCCCCCUCGCUGCCAUGGCACGUUGAACAAAGACGACAGCUUCUGGUCCCAGGCUCUCCAGGACCUCGAGACCUGUGGCCAGUCUGGGAUUCUCAGGGAACUGGAAGCCUCUAUGACAGGGAGCACACUCAGUCUGUACCUGGAGGAGACCAAGACCAGUGAAGACUCAGUGUUGCGCUCUGAGAUUAGUCCAAUAAAGACGGAAGGAAUCCACGGCAGGUCUAAAAACAAAAGCCUGAACAUGUCGACAGGAGCCAGAGAUGGAUCAUCCAGGGCCAAAGGGGACCCCUCUGACAUUCUGUCCCCUUCAUCCCUGGCACUGCAGAAGGUCUCUCUAAGGAAGGAUCCUGAGAGCCACGACUUUGGUUUCAGUGUAUCAGAUGGGCUCUUGGAAAAAGGAGUUUAUGUCAACAUGAUUAGGCCGGACGGCCCAGCUGAACAAGCUGGUCUGAAAUCUUAUGACCGGAUACUUCAGGUGAACCGUGUGAGGACCAGGGACUUGGACUGUUGUCUCACUGUGCCUCUAAUUAUGGAGGCCGGAGACUGCCUGGAUCUGGUCAUUAGCAGGAAUCCACUGGCAGCCGUUUACGUGGAGCUGCCCAACAACUGUGACGACCCCUCGAGCUCGCUUCUCUGCUUCGCCAACUACAGGACCAACAGCAUCGCCCUGUGAACAUCUCUCUCUCACUCAACGUUACACGACUGUUGCUUUCGGUCACUGCUGUGUUCAGAUUAUUUAGUUCUUUGGAGACUGAGGCUUCAGAACAGAGUCCCCCAUCACUCCGUCCCUCCUGUCCUCCCCCGGCCCCCUCCUCACCAGAGGCGCAGCCACAUGGAGGGUUAUAUAACCGAAGAGUCAUUGCUUCUGACGGGGGCCAGGACGUCAACGCACAUGUCUUCACUCUGCAGGAUCGCAUGAUGUGCACACUCACAGCUAAAGAUCUAAUAUAUUUUAACGUUCCUGUUGCCACUGGUUUCAUCUUUCCACAAGGAAUGCAUUGGUUUAUGUGCAUGGAAAGCACUGACGUAGAGACACCAAGUGUUGGUGAGAUCAAGGAACAUUGCACUUAUUUGAGUUAUUUCAGCCAUGAGUUGGCUCACUGCCUUGGUUUUCUGGCCUCUGCCCAGCACUGGCUGCCCUAAAAAGCGAAUGAGCCCUCGGAUAGUCCUGAGCACUCCCUGACACCUGUCGUCAACUUUAUAUUUUAAUGCCACAAAAACACUUGAGGUCAAUUGAACCGGUUUAUGACACUUGAAUUAUGAUUAUGGUCUGAAUUGUUUGUGUGCACAAAUGAUUUCUUUUAAUGUUCACUUUUUUUUUUUUUCCCCCAAUAUUGGCUUCUGUCACACAUUUACAAAGAUGUGAAUCAUGUUAAUUUUGCACAUGUUCAAACACCGUUUACUUUUUUUAAGAGUUCAAAUUCAAUUUUCACAAUUUGUCUGCACAAUCUGCUCUUUCUAACAUGAAACGCUAAGGAUGCAAGCUGUAUUCAAAUCCUUAUCAUUUUCUAUGUUACAGGGAACUUUGUGACAGUGCACUUUUUUAGUUUAAAAGUAGGAUGUGGUAAUUCAUUCUUUUUGUAAUAAAGCGAACGCACUGAUCUGAAAGAUUACGUUAAGUCAUGUGGUGGCUGGUGUGAAUAUGUUGUUAGUGUCCCAUUUGUAGCAGCCUCAGGCAAAUUUAUAGUUGGGUCAGCUUGUUUCAGACUUCUCAUGCAAUUUCAUUCAAUGUCGAGGCCCGUUUUAAAAGUCUUAGUAUUGCAACUUUUUUGUAAACUGUAAAAUUCAUUAUAGUGUGCAGUGUUUUUUUUUUUUUUUUAAGGCCUAUAAUGUUUCAGGAUCUUUGUGCAAGCUAACCUGAAUGUGUUUCUGUACUUUUAGUUUUUUAAUUCCAAAUCUGUGAAUUUGUAUGUUUUGGUCAAAAUGACCACUAAUAUUUAUUGGAUUUUAAUUUGGCAAGCAGUAGUUCUUUUUUAAUUUAUUGUAAUAAAGUUACAAAACUAAUAUGUGUCCAACUUUUAGAAAGUGUACUCUGUGACCCAAUUAUUCUGCAGAGCUGAACCGAAUCAAUUUUUCUUUUCUUUUUUUAGCCAAAAAUGAAUGUAAUGAUCUUUGUUCAUGAUUCAGUUAUGUUUACCUACAGUGAAACAGUUUUGCAAGAAAUAUCCUUCAGUUGGCCAAUUACAAGACAACUGUAUUGGAUUUAUAACAAAUGUAACCCACUUAAAACCAAUUUAAUAUAUUAUAAUCACAGUUGGAUUCAGAUGAAAUUGAAAUCAUCCAGUCAUAAAUCUGUUAAUUUAACACCAGUUGCCAAAUCCUUUUUUCACUUGUAUAUUUCAGUCACAUAUCUCAGAUUAUUAAGUAAUGAAUAUACACUUGAAUCUAAAAUGAUUGGUUUGUAGCGUUUACAACUGUGAAUUCAGUUGUAAAUGUUAACUUUAAACAUAAAAGCUUUAACCUUGGUGAAAGAAACUUUAAAUUUUUUCUUGUACUGCAGUUACGGGGCAAGAUGAGGCAUAUGCAGGACGACUCCAAUACAUUAUGAUUCAUGUUCACAGUAAAUUUGAACAGGAUUAAUUUGCGCAGCACCACAUCCCUUCAAAGCAUCUUUCAGAAGACUAAAGGAACAAAAGUAAACAAAAUUGCAUCAAAGACAACAAAUGCACUGAAGUAAUCUAGGAUUUAAUAAUCGCAUACAAAACAUGCAAAUUUCGUACAAACAGUUAUGGAACAAUGGAAGUGAACUAAGACAAUCUUUAACCUUCAUAGUAAAACUGCCCUACUAGUACAAGGUUUCUGCACAGCUCAGGUGUUUGGGGAUUUGAAUCAGAGCCAAAGAGCAUAGAAACUAAAGACUGUCUUCUCACUUUUUCUUGUCAUAGAAACACUCAGCAGGUUUAUGUUGAGAACAAAUGUCUAAAUGCAGUGACACUGGUGUAACAUGACCCAUUAAUCUAGUGGUGGUUAGGACUCUGGUAGCAUUUGGAUGAGCAGCAGCUCCUGAAAGGACUUUUUUUGAAGAAACCAUUUGAGACACAAUAAUAUAAUUUAAUGAAGGUGAACACACCCAUAAACUUUUCUGUGUUUUUUGAUGGGAACCCUGUGCUCUGGUGGUGGUUUUGAUAUUAAUAGACUGAUGUACCGUCUGAGAUGGAUUCAGGAAUGUAUGCCACUUGUUUGUUCACCCUCAUUAACUCCUUUCAAGUACUGAUAUCGAGAUCUUGUUUUAAAGCAGAAAAGGAAGAAGCAAACCACUUGCCUUUUCUGCUUUAAAACAGAGAGUAACUUCUGAAGCUGGUAAGUCUGACUUACCAGCUUCUUAAAAUUAUGGAUACAUAUUUUGACUGACUGUGGCUAUGUAAUAUAUAAAAAAAUACAGUUGUGUUAGUGUGUAGGAAGAAAUGUUGCAAUAUUUGAUCAUCAGAGCUAGGGCGAGCAUGUAUACAUGUUGAAUAAAAGUGGUCCACUUUGUUUACUCAGAUUAAAAACAGUCUUGGUUUAUCAAGUAGAAUUAGAACAAAUUUAAGAAAAUAAUCAACAACCUCAUCCCCUUUUCCAGGCUAACAAUCAGAACGUCAUGGCCGACUGUAUAACACAGAAGUUUUAGAUGCUUGAGAUGACCCAUUGCAGCUCUAUAAGCAACAGUGUCUGUUUCAAACAAUAUGUAAUACAGAGUAAAGAAAGCUGCACACAAACAAUCCAAGGAAAAUAUGUUUAUUUUAUCUACAUAGACAUGAUGCAAUAUGCAUCUUGGAGGGGAUAACUUUGAGACAAAAAGAAAUGCUUUGGUACAUCAGAGUUUCCAAGUAGCAAAAGCAGCAAGAAAACGCAGUGGCUCUUGCACACGUUUGAGGAAAACUUUUUUUUUUUUUUUUUU